CGUCAACUCAAGGGAAGUGCUUGCAUGUACAUCUGUGCGUCCGUCUACUCGAUCAGUUGAAAGUAUACACGCCUACAGGUAUGAUAGGAGUAGAUCUUGUCUAAGCCCACCCUGUGGCAAGCAUGAUCAACGGCAAUGGGGGGAGGCAUGUCCCUCGACUUCCGGCUUGUCAAUCCUGUUAUACCAAAAAAAUAAAGUGCGAUAAUGCUCGACCAAAAUGUAUGCCUUGUAUGAAGAGUGGCCAUGCAUGCUUCACGGUUAACCUUGGUGGAACUGUUCCGGUUUCAAGAGAGUAUAUAUAUGAACUGGAGCAACAUGUGCAAGGCCUUCAGACAGGGAUGACUGUUGUGGAAGGUCGAGAGGUGGAUAGGGGACGUUCUCACUCCACGGCAGGAGUGACGGACAGUCCGACGCUGACUCGACCUGAAAGAGAUAAUCAAGCACCGGAACCCCCGGUGGCAAUACAAAGUAAUGAUGUGAUAUCGUCGCCCAGUAUCACGGAGGGGGUCGGGAUCAGGUAAGCUUUGGGGCCUUAAAUUGAGUGUAAGCUCUGACCGUAGAAUCGCAGCUUUAUGAGCUUGCUUUUCUCUGAUGCCAGGUGGAGAGACCAGAAUCUAAAGCUUCUGCAAAAUCUAUCCCAACCUUCUGGCAUUCUAGAAACAUCGGUACAGCCGAAUUCCCUUCCUCCUGCUGAGGAAGCAUUGACAGUGUUCAAUAACUACUUGAAUGGACCCCAUGUCCUAAACCCAUUCCUGCUCCGCCGAGAUGUCCAGAGGCUGUAUCAUUCCGCCUUUUCAACAGGCCGAACCGGCCCUUCCUCACAAACGCCGGACCAUCUAACAAAGCACGACGCCUUUCGUACAUUCAUGAUUCUUGCUGUUGGGUCGAUCAUGUUAUAUCGAUCUGGUGUCCAUAAACACCAUCCUUACGGGUACUUCCUCACAGCGUUGCAGUACAUCGAUACCAAUAUCUUGUCAAGAGGAUUGGAUUCAAUUCAGGAUCUAUUACUCGUCGUGAGGUUCGGGAUCUAUCAUCACAUCGGGACAUCAAUAUGGGAGCUGACCACACUAUGUAUGAGGAUGUGCAUCGAGCAAGGUCUUUAUAAGUUACCUCGACCGACUACGAGACGCAAAACUAGUCUUCUACAAGAACAGUUGCAACGUCGGGUCUUCUGGGAAUGCUACAUGAUUAGCCAAUACAGCUCGAUCACAUUGGAUCGCCCAGCCGCAAUUGCGGAUAGGGAUAUCCAGGUUGGAUUUCCUGCCGACGCUGAUGACGAAGAAAUCGAUGCCGCUGAGGCAUCUGGAUCAUUCUCGGAUCUGGAUGCUUUCUGCAGAGCCACUACAAGGCCUAGUACCACGGGAAACACUGAAAUGACGGUGUUUUUCUAUUGCCUGCGGCUGCGGAAAAUCACUUCAAAGAUCCGGUCCAAGUUCCAACAUAGCAGUGGGGCCCCCAGCAGUGUUGGGCAUGCAUUGACAAUGGACUCAAUCACAGCGAGUGGGCGGAUCUAUGCAGAUCUAGAGGAGUUACUAUCGGAGCUCGAGCAGUGGCGGCAAUCGGCACCCACGUUCCCUAAUCCACAAGGCUUAUACCACACCCAGGAAUGGUAUGAUCUACUGUUAAUGAGAGAAAGGCUUCUUCUCGUCCGCAAGGCCAUUGACCUGGUGCCGAAGCGGAACAAUAUCCCACCAGACGACCUCCUUUUGAUCUGUCUUGAGUAUGCCGUGGGCACUAUCACGAAGUUUUGCUCUCUGUUUGAGCAAAGAAAGAUUACCUACACUCGGAGCUACUUCCAAAUGCUGUUCACUGCCGGGCUCUCGGUGAUGCUCUGGGUAUCGGUGGCGAGCAACCAUGAUGCAGAGACGAUGGUGAAAGCGGCAGAGGCGGUAAAUCAGAGCGAAAAAACAUUGAAACAGAUGGGGCGUGAGAUGCCGGAUGCGACUCCUUACGUGUCUGUCUACGAGGCCUUACAAGUGCAUAUAUUAGGGAAAUACGAUGUCGUGUCCAGGACAACGCAGCAAACGGGAGGAUACCUCGGGCAGACACAAUCCCAUUAUCACGUAGUACCGGGGUUGAGUGGUAUACUGCAUGAUCCAAGUAUGGCAGGUGAACAUCAUUCUGUCCAACAAAAUCAAUCACAGUUUAACAACCACUGGCCGCCCCUACUCAACGAUUUAGGUACACAUAACCUGUUGGAUCAUGAACCUUCCACCUAUGCUUCACUACUUUCCCGAGAUCUAUUCGGAGACAAUACAUUCUGGAAUGUGGAAGUAGGACUGGGGGAAUACGCGUAUGGAGAUCCGAUGUUUCUUUUCUCGGGUAUAGCAGAUGACAAUGCAUAAUAUGUACAUAGAACAAACAACGGGUUCA